AUGCGUUCACCUCCCCUUCACAGAGUCCACGUGGACAUGUGGGAAAACCGCUGGGAUAUGUUUAAACUGUAUGUAGGCAAUUUGCCGCCUGACAUCACCGAUGGAAGUCUGUAUAGUUUGUUCCAGGAUCACGGUAUAGACACCAGUCACGUCUUGCUCAAGACCAACUACGCUUUUGUCGACUGUCCCGACCAGAUUAACGUGGACAAAGCAAUUGCUAAAUUCAACGGCUAUAACCUGCAGGGCUUUGUUAUGCAAGUAGAACCUUCUAUAUCUCGGCGAAGUCGGAGGUCAAACAAAAUCCAGAUCAGGAAUGUGCCUCCCCAUGUUAGCAAAGAAGAAAUUGACCGUAUAGUGUCCACAUUUGGGCCAAUAAACAGAUGUGAUCAUGUUAGUAAUGAAGGUGUAGUGUAUGUAACUUUUGACAGUCAGGACCUAGCACAAAAGGCUGUUGCACAGCUGAAUGGUUAUGAUUUUCAAGGUUCUAUUUUAAAGGUUGAUUUUGCUGGCAACCGGUCAAGGACCAAUCGGCCCAACACAAACGGCAAUUCAGGAAUGAUGAGUGGGCAAGACUUACCUCUCAGGAUUUUAGUUGGCCGCGAAUAUGUUGGUGCUAUCAUUGGGAAACAAGGUCAAACCAUCAAACAAAUAACUUCACAAAGCAAUGCAAGAAUAGAUGUGCAUCGCCCACCUGAUAAUUCUGCACCAGAAACUCUGGUUACAAUCAAAGGCAGCUCAGAAAGUUGUACAACAGCUUGUAAAGAGUUAAUGAAAGUUGUACAGCAAGAAGCGAAUUCUUUAAACAGGACUUGUUCCUUAAGGGUGUUGUGUCCCAACAGUCUCUGUGGACGCAUGAUUGGAAAAAAUGGAAGUGUGAUCAAAAGUAUUAUGCAAGAUUCAGAUUCUCAUAUUGUUGUUUCAAGUAUCAAUGAUGCCAAUGUGAACAAUUAUUUCAUUGACCGAGUGAUCACCAUCAGUGGUACGCCAGAAGCAAUGGCUAGAGCUGAGAAGAUGAUCUCUGAAAGGAUGAAGAAGUGUUAUGCUCAAGAUGCACAACAAAUGGCUAUCCCACCAUAUAUGUGUGAUCCCCAUAAUAUGCCUCUUGGAAUGGUCAACAUUGGCUUCUCACCUACAGAGCUGGACCACCUGUACCAGCCAAUGCCAUUAGGUCUGCCUGCAUUUACCAUGAUGCCUGGAAUAAAUAAUUUUGCUGGCUUGCGGCCACCCUACCCACCCUAUAUGCAAGGUGGCAAUUGGUACCCAGGAUUCUGCAGUCUCUUACCCAGCCCUCAGCUACCACCACAACCACAACAGCCUGAAGUUACCUACCUCUACAUCCCAGAGAGAGCUGUUGGUUCCAUCAUUGGAAGUAAAGGCAUCAAUAUACAAAACAUCAAAAGAGAAUCAAAUGCACGGAUAAAGAUAUUACCUGCCACUAAAGAAGGAGAGGACAAAAAAAAUCCUGUUAUAGCAAUGGAGGAGAGAAAAGUAAUCAUUGUUGGAAACUCUGAUGCUCAAUGGAAGGCCCAGUUUUACCUCUUUGAGAAAAUCAGAGAUGAAGGAGUUUUUGGUAAAGAUGAUGUUAAGUUGCGGUCAGAAAUAAUGGUUCCAAGGAGUAUCAUUGGGCGUAUCAUUGGACGAGGAGGACAAAAUCUUCGAGAGAUGCGUCGCGUGAGCCGAGCCGUAGUGAAGCUGCCAGAUGACUUAUCUGAUGAAGAAGUGCCUGUUUCCAUAAUUGGAAACUUCUACUCAAUCCAGUCAGCUCAACGACGGAUCCGGGACCUGAUGGCAUCUGCCCAGCACAACCCUGGUCCUUCCCAGCAGCAACAGGGGAGCCCCCUUUCCCAGGUACCACCAAAUGCCAACCACCAGAAUAGACCAGCUCCUCGGAUUGUACCACGAGAGCUAGAUGCUAAUUUGUCUUUGUUCUGUUGUGUCAUCCAGGAGAAGAAUGGGGUGGGUUUCUUCUAUAUUACUCUUUGCUUUCUGCUUUUUCCUCUCACCAUCCCUCCCAGGUGGAGGACUGAUAUUAUUCUGGCUGGAGUUCUUGUUAAAUGA